CAACAUUGCCCUUUUGUGGUGUUGUCUACUUCUCAUCUACAACAUCUUCAGCCUGAUCGGUAAGUAUUCAGUAUAUUCUAUAUAUUUGCAUUGCAGAAAUCUAUAAACCACACGGUCCCUCUGAGAUCACUGCGUUAUUGCCCCACCAUCAUCCCACCACUCUGCUGUUGCAGGGUCUGCCCCUUCAUCGCCAGCUCGCUGCCAUCAUACCACGCCAGGAGCAGGCAAAACCUCUAUAAAGACACUUUGGCUACUGCCAAUUGGUCUCGCCACUGUUGCUCCCCUCCCGAUCUCUCUUUUUGGCUUCGGUGAAGCUCUUUUGUUCCCAAGAUGCCUAUCUCUAAGAUCCACGCCCGCUCUGUCUACGACUCUCGAGGCAACCCUACUGUUGAGGUUGACCUUGUCACCGAGACCGGUCUGCACCGUGCCAUUGUUCCCUCUGGUGCUUCUACUGGUCAGCACGAGGCCGUUGAGCUCCGUGAUGGUGACAAGUCCAAAUGGGGCGGAAAGGGUGUCCUGACCGCUGUUAAGAACGUUAACGAGAUCCUUGGACCCGCUCUCAUCAAGGAGAAUGUCGAUGUCAAGGACCAGUCCGCAGUCGAUGCCUUGCUCAACAAGCUCGAUGGAACCCCUAACAAGGGCAAGCUUGGUGCUAAUGCUAUCCUGGGUGUCAGCUUGGCUGUUGCCAAGGCUGGUGCUGCCGAGAAGGGCAUUCCUCUCUACGCCCACGUUUCCGACCUCGCCGGAACCAAGAAGCCUUACGUCCUCCCUGUCCCCUUCAUGAACGUCCUCAACGGUGGUAGCCACGCUGGUGGCCGCCUGGCCUUCCAGGAGUUCAUGAUUGUCCCCGAUACUGCUCCUACUUUCACUGAGGCUCUCCGCCAAGGUUCCGAGGUCUACCAGAAGCUGAAGUCCCUGGCCAAGAAGAAGUAUGGCCAAUCCGCUGGUAACGUUGGUGAUGAGGGUGGUGUCGCUCCCGAUAUUCAGACCGCCGAGGAGGCCCUCGACCUCAUCAGCGAGGCUAUCGAACAGGCCGGCUACGCUGGCAAGAUCCACAUCGCCAUGGAUGUUGCCUCCAGCGAAUUCUACAAAACCGACGCUAAGAAGUACGACCUCGACUUCAAGAACCCCGACAGCGAUCCCUCGAAGUGGCUCACCUACGAGCAGCUGGCCGACCUCUACAAGUCACUGGCUGCCAAGUACCCCAUUGUCAGCAUUGAGGAUCCCUUCGCUGAGGACGACUGGGAGGCCUGGAGCUACUUCUACAAGACCUCUGACUUCCAGAUUGUUGGGUAGGUGUCCCCCUUGCCAAGGUGCACAUAUUUCAUUCGAUACAAUAUCUAACGAAGCUUUCCCCUAACAGUGAUGACUUGACCGUUACAAACCCCUUGCGUAUCAAGAAGGCUAUUGAGCUCAAGUCUUGCAACGCCCUUCUGCUCAAGGUCAACCAGAUCGGUACCCUUACCGAGUCCAUCCAGGCUGCCAAGGACUCGUACGCCGACAACUGGGGUGUCAUGGUCUCCCACCGUUCUGGUGAGACCGAGGACGUCACCAUUGCCGACAUUGUCGUCGGUCUGCGCUCCGGCCAGAUCAAGACUGGUGCUCCCGCUCGUUCCGAGCGUCUAGCUAAGCUAAACCAGAUCCUCCGUAUCGAGGAGGAGCUCGGUGACAACGCCGUGUACGCGGGUACCAAGUUCCGCCACGCUGUUAAUCUGUAAAUGCAGCUGGUAUGAGGGUAUAAUACAAGGGAAAUCUUCUUUAUAUUACCAACCCGAUAGUCUCCACGUGAGGGUGGAUGAUUGCCAUGCCGUGGUAGCAUCCUUUGCAAGGCAUAGUUGGGCACCGACUGACAGCGAAGGCCACGGGGGCAGGUUUGGAACAAUUUAUGAAUGACCACGAAGUAAAGGCCAUUUAAGAUUAGUAAUGUUAUAGUGAUGAAUGAAAGCCUACUGGCGAG